AUGGAAGACGACAACGACCACCAGACUCCGCCGCAGACCCCUCCAGGUCUACCUAUUCUCGAGGAUAGCGUUUGGUCCGAUCCCGGUGGUUCUUGGAACGAUUUCUCUGUCGAUGGUCGAUCGGGAGAAGCUACCGCAGACGUCGAUGGGUUUCUCCCACCACGGUCAAGACAAUGGGAGCCAAUGUUGGAGAUUAUGGAGUCUUGGAUUCGACUGCGAUGGAGACUUUCACGGCGACUGUUUUCCGUAUCAAUUCCCUUCUUCACCGCUGAGUUGGAAGUUAAACUUGGCGACUUUGUGAUCACAUUCCCCGUGAUUGUUGCGUUAUUCGUCGUAUCGAGCAUUCAGGUGGCAAAUGGCGACGUCAAGGGCUCUGGAAUACCUCCCUCGAUAGCGCUUGCCUUCGUGUUUGCGUUUGCAGUGAGAAAUAAUUCGCUCUUGGUGACAUUUGCUGGAAUCUCCUUUGAGCGCGCGCUGUUCUACCACAAGCUCUUUGCGUUUGUGAUGGUCAUUUUGGCAGCGAUGCACGCGCUUGGCUACAUUUUGACUCGGACGGAUGCCACCGCGGAACACAACCAUAAAGUCGUGACUGGAAUGAUCGCGUUUAUUGCUAUGGCGGUGCUGUAUCUGUUUUCGCUCGGAUGGAUACGUCGUCGAUUCCAUGAAUUGUUUGUGAGAAUGCAUUGGCUCCUCUUCAUAGUAAUUCUCAUUACUGCGGUGCUGCACGGAGGCUUAAUCGCCCUAGCGGGGGUUCUUCCGUGGGAAAUCGACAUGGUCUUUCGCCUCGUAUACCGUACCCGAGUCUACAGCCACGGUACAUUGUUCAGCUCGAAGCCUCAAUCUACUAGCGACGAUUUGUACGUCGACGAGUCUGGUCAAGACUUGGGUAAAGUAAAGAACCAGCGACUCGGUGUCGCUGCGCGUGAUCAAGUGAAAGUCUUCCAACUCCCCGGCGAUAUCACGUGCAUCCAGUUUCCGCGUGUAAGGCAAGAUACCGGUGAAGAGUUCAAGUACAAGGCUGGUCAAUACGCAUUUCUGUGCAUUCCGAGUUUGGCGGCGCUCGAGUGGCACCCGUUCAGUAUUUCAUCGUCACCCCACGAGCAUUUCAUCACAUUCCACAUCAAGGCUGUCGGAGACUGGACUAUGAAACUCCUCCAUGCAGCGCCUGAGAGUCGAGAGGAGUGUGAAUUUCCAUUUGACGUCUUGAUUGACGGGCCGUAUGGAAGUUUAUCAAUCGACAUCGAGGAUGCUACGACUUAUUCCCACUUCGUCCUAUUUGCUGGAGGUAUGGGCAUGACGCCCAUGCGCUCGGUAUUAAACUGGCUGCACAAUGAGUGCUACUUCCAGAAAGCUCGAGUGAUUCACCGUCUUCGAUUCAUCUGGGCUGUGGGCAACAGUGAGAGCCUUCAAGCGCUACUGGACUUGGAGGCAGAUCCGUGGAUAAAUAACUCCCGCGCUCCAUACCUCCCCGAUGUGUUGUUAUGCCCAACGACGUUGAAUGUUUCGACUGAGACGUUGUCCACAGAAAUUUACCUGACGCGUGGACUUGUCGGAUCUCGUGCGGAGUUGGAUUCGCAGCUCACCAAGUGUCUGUGGUACCAUUGUAGACCAGAUAUUGAACAGACUUUGCGAGAAAUGGGUCGUGAAGCAGUGAAGUCUGGCAAGUUGCGCGUAGCUGUGCUGGUGUGUGGGCCCAAAUCAAUGGCACCAGACGUGGUGGUCUCCAGUCUAAGGCUAUCGCGCGAGAUGAAUGUACAGUUUGAUGUACAUAGCGAACAUUUCUCAUUCUGA